CAGUCAGGAACCGUUCAGAGUCCAGAGGAGCAGAGCAGCGACGACAACUCUACUAACUGUCUCACAGUACACAGAGGACGAAUUCAUCCCAAGACACCAGGACCAGCUUCGUCCCAUAAAGUCCUAAGUGAAGACAUUAGACCAUUCCAAAGUCUUCAGGUUUGGUCUCGUCCAGAUUUGGUCGUCUUCAUCCAUUAACUCUUCGGUACCUGGAGGUCGGUCCAGCGUUUCAAGCUGGACGGAGGAGAGACGAGUGGGGCCGAGGGCCCGGCCUUUGUGCUGCGACACAGAACUUCAAACCUCAUCGAAUCCACGACAGAUACAGCGCCUACAGAUCCCAUGAGUCCCCGGGAGAAUGCAGACACGCCAACCUCAGGUUCUCCAACCAGUCACCUCAGCACCGCAGAGUGCCCCACACACAAUGGAAGUGUCCCAGAGUGCGACGAGGAGAGAAGAAAAAACGAAGAAGAUGACAGAGGAAGAGGAGAAGAGGAUGAGAGGAGCAGUGAUGAAGGUUUCAUGGGAAUGACCCCGCUGCUGCAGGCGCACCACGCCAUGGAGAGGAUGGAGGAGUUUGUACACAAGAUGUGGGAGGGCCGGUGGCGCGUCAUACCUCACGACGUGCUCCCCGACUGGCUUAAGGACAACGACUUCCUGCUUCACGGCCACAGGCCACCAAUGCCUUCGUUCCGCGCCUGCUUCAAGAGCAUCUUCAGAAUCCACACAGAGACGGGAAACAUCUGGACACAUCUGCUAGGCUGUUUGUUUUUCCUCUGUCUGGGUCUCAUGUACAUGUUCAGGCCCAACAUGUCAUUUGUGGCUCCUGUCCAGGAGAAGGUGGUGAUCGGGAUGUUUUUCCUGGGAGCCAUCCUCUGUCUCUCCUUCUCCUGGCUCUUCCACACAGUCUACUGCCACUCUGAGGGCGUCUCCAGGGUCUUCUCCAAGUUGGACUACAGUGGGAUCGCCUUCCUGAUCAUGGGCUCGUUCGUCCCCUGGUUGUACUACUCCUUCUACUGCUCCCCUCAGCCCUGCUUCAUCUACCUGUUUGUAGUGUGCAUACUUGGAUUGGCCGCCAUCACUGUCUCCCAGUGUGACUUCUUCGCAACGCCGCAGUACAGAGGAGUCAGAGCAGGAGUGUUUGUGGGUCUGGGUCUGAGCGGCGUUGUUCCCACGCUGCACUUUGUCAUCAGCGAGGGUCUGAUCAAAGCGACCACCAUGGGUCAGAUGGGCUGGCUGCUGCUCAUGGCGACACUCUACAUCACCGGAGCCUGUUUGUACGCUGCUCGCAUCCCUGAGAGGUUUUUCCCUGGCAAGUGUGACAUUUGGUUCCACUCUCACCAGCUGUUCCACAUCUUGGUGGUCGCAGGGGCUUUCGUUCAUUUCCACGGCGUUUCCAACCUCCAGGAGUUUCGCCACAAGGCAGGAGGGGGCUGCACCGAAGAUGGCACUCUCUAGUGCUCACACUCUGACUCAGUCAUUCAUUCACACACCUUUUUCGGGGAGGCACUGGCUCUAAUAAUAUGCACAGAAUUACAUACACACACACAUUAAACCUAUGUCACACGCUUUCCCACCUAAACUGAAGACCAACAUGGUGUGUCUGGUGUGUGUCUGUGUGUAAUACACAGGAUGCCCUCCCAGGGGGCGCUACUAAAACUGACUGACGAGGG